UGAAGUAAAACAGAUCAAAAAAUUAUUAAAAUUUGUGCGUUGUUGAGAGAGACGACGAAGACGAUAGAGCCACCCAAAACAAAUUGAACGAUGGGGGCAGAUGAGGGAGAAACGCCAAAAACUACACAAAACUCAAUCUCUAAAGAUCAAUUCCUCGCCUGGAAACGCCAAAAGGAUGCUGAGUUGUUAGCUAAACAAGCUGAAGCAGCAAGGAAACGUGAAGAAGACAUAGCUUCUGGCCGUGUCCUAAUGAAUGGCCGUGAGCUUUUCUUGCAUGAGCCUUGGGUUUUCGACGAUACUCACUCACCACCAUUGACUCUCACUUCUUCACAGGUGAUUCAGACACUACCAAAGACAUUUCCUCGGUGAUCUGUGAUCCAAACUCUGUUUCUCAUUUGUUGUAGUACACUUUUAUGUUCCCACUUUUGUCUUAACUGUUAAAAUCAGGAAAUUUAGUCCUCAUUGUGACUUAAUCGUCGGCUCUGUUUAUUGGAAGUUUCUUGGUUGUUUACAUCUCCUCAAAUUGAGAAUUCUUAUAUGGUUUUGAUUUGGAACCUUUUCAAUCAAUAUAAAGCAGAGACCAAACGCUUUUGACUUGAA